AUGAAUGGCGUCCCUCCCGCCGCGUUGGGCGGUGACGCCGCCGGCCGCCCCGACCACCACGACCAAGAAGAAGCCAACAACACCUCGUCGUCCGACCCGGCCGCCACCAACGCGGCGCACGCGCGCUCGCGCAAGUUCGUCAUCCAGAGCACCUUUGGCAACCCCAGGGAGCGGAGGAGCCGCAAGAACCGCCCCUGCGAUGCCUGUCGCAGACGCAAGACAGCUUGUGUCAUCACCUCGGAGCCGCCCUGUCUGUUCUGUGAGAGUAGGGGCAUCCCGUGCCAGUCCACGCCCGUGGUAGGCCUCGGGGACGGCCAGCAGCCACAGCCCGGCGAGAAAGGUGCGAGCGCGCCUGCGCAGCACCAGCAGAGGCAGCCCUUUGAGGCUCCGGCGGCGAACCAGCAGGUGUUUCCCCUGCCCGGCGUUCGCAAGGAAUCAAACGACCUCCUUACCCCCAGCACAGGGCAUGAAAGCCCGGCUGGCUCUGCUGCUUCACCGUACGGGGUGGGCAUGGUGAUAGACCAGCCUGCGCACACGCCAUCGUAUCGAGAUCCGGCUGCUUUAAUCCACCAGAACCUUGUUUACCACUCGAGUCCAUCGACGGUAAACUCAGACCCCCAUCGGGCUGCGGACACGGCAUCUGUCAUCUCCGUCACAUCACCCGAAGCGGCACCCCAAACACACUCUCUGGAAGACAUCCCUGGCCGCUGUGCCUACUUCAUGGGACCCACAUCAGAGCAGGACGGCUUCUUGCUCGAUGCCUUUCGUUACGGCAUCCUGAGCGAAAAGUACAACCUGGACGCCAACAUCGCUCAGGUCCACCCCGGAAGCUCUUUGCGCGAUGACCAGCCCGUGCAUUUUCUCUUCCUAGAGAUAGGGCACCCGGACCAUGUAAAUCGAGCAAGACAGGAUGCCUCGGAUUCCAUCGAGGCCAAGGUGUGGCCAUACGGCGAGAACCUGGUCCGGCUAUACUUUCGACACGUCCACCCUGUCUUCCCCAUCGUGUCCAAGGUGCGCUUUCUACGCAGGUAUCAGGUCGAUAAGAAGAGUAUCCCUGCAUGUCUGCGAGGUGCUAUCUACGCGUUGGCAUCCGUAUUCUGGAGCUGCGACGUCGCGCUGAGGGGGACACCAGUCCCAUUUCAGCAGCAUGAGCUCGUCGAUUAUGCUCAUCAGGCACUGCGACGUGAGAUUGAAAACCCAAACCUCUUUGUCCUUCAAGCGUGCCUCUUGCUCAUUCACGUCACACCCCCGACCAUUGACAGCAUAGAGGCGCCGACGACCUGGACGUUGGCCGCACAGGCAACGGCUUGCGCUCAGAUGAUUGGCCUCCACCUCGAACCAGGGCAAUGGAACAUCAACGCGACAGAGAAGCACCUGCGCCGGAAGCUGUGGUGGGCGACGUUUUACUCUGAUUGCUGGUCGUCCAUCUGCUUCGGCAACCCUCCUCACAUUGCCAGCACGUCGUACAACACGGCGCCACUCACCAUGGAGGAUGUGAGAUGUGACGAAGACGUCCCCGAGGAUCUCCAGUACCUCGUGGAGCCGCCGGACACGAGCUUCGAGGUCUCCACGGGCGCCCGGUUUAUGCAAAUGAUUCACAUUGUCCGGUCGCUGCGGACAGUCCUCGACAGCAGCUUCCAAGUGAAUACGAGUGCGAGGACGAUCAACGAUACCAUGGAAGCGCAGAACGAGCUGGUUACGGUGCAGGCGAAACUCCGGGACUGGACGAGCCUGAUUCCAUCCUGUCUCGUUGUGCAAAAGGACGAAAGGGUGCGCUCGCACGUCACGUCCUACAACUGUCCCCUUCAUCUCUCAUUCUAUGCAGCUCAAGUCUUGCUGUAUCGUGCCCUGAUGCACCCUCCAACAAGACAGGCCAAGACAACUCCUAGCUCGAAUCUCCGUAGAUGGUUCCCCGAAGCGCUGAUUGCGUUUGAAGCGUUUGUGGAUUUUCUGUCGUGUGUCAACAAGGCCGACUUGUUUGGAUUCUGGGGAAGGCAUGCUCGUUCUCAGCUCAUUCUUUGCGGAAAUUUUCUCGUGUUCCUCUUCCUGCUAGCGUCGGAACGUCGCGAUAUUGAGCGCGCGUACCGUCUGCUGGAGAGCUUCCACGGGACGAUGCAUGCUCUAUAUGACGUGGACCACGUACAAAUCAACACGCUGCUUAGGGCGGCGACGAUUCGCAUAGACUCGUUCUUCUCGCAAGCGGCGGAGAUUAUGCGCGGCGGAGGCGACGGAAGCAUAUCAGCGGCGAAGCCAAACCAUUAG